UUUAAUUGAAUUCGUGACCAUGUUGAGUAACGAUGGAUAUGCUGUCAAGAAGCGGAAGAAACCUGUCCAAAAAAUCAAGCCCACGAGCGAAGUUGCCCUGUCCAACCCCUCCAAGCGGCAUCGGGAUCGGCUGAACGGGGAGCUGGAGAGGCUCACCAACCUGCUGCCCUUCCCCGAGAACGUGCGCUGUCGGCUGGACAAGCUGUCUGUGCUGCGCCUCAGUGUCGGCUACCUGAAGGUCAAGAGCUUCUUCAACGCUGCUAUGCAGAAAAACGGCGCAGGGUCUCCAGCUGAGCAUGACAUGGACACAGACUGGCUGAACGACCCUGAGUUCUCUGAGGGAGAGCUCCUCCUUCAGUCUCUCAAUGGCUUUGUGUUGGUGGUCUCAGCAGAGGGAUAUGUUUUCUACGCCUCCCCCACCAUUAUGGACUACCUGGGCUUCCGGCAGUCCGAUGUCAUCCACCAGAGUGUGUAUGAGCUCAUCCAUGUCGACGACAGAGCCAUAUUCUGUCGACAGCUCCACUUCGCCUUAAACCCAGAGUCAUUUAGUGGUGACCAAGGAGAAGAUGAUAUGCAAAUCAGCAGUGACAUCACAAGAAAUAUUGUGACCUAUGACCCUCAGCACAUCCCACCAGAGAACUCUUCAUUCCUGGAGAGGAGUUUUGUGUGUCGCUUCCGAUGCCUCCUUGACAACUCCUCUGGCUUCCUGGCUCUGAACUUCCAAGGCCGUUUGAAGUACCUCCACGGACAGCAGAAGAGGAAUGCGGAUGGGACGGCGGCCCCGCCCCAGCUAGCCCUUUUUGCCGUUGCCACUCCAGUCCAGCCUCCAUCCAUUCUGGAAAUACGCACCAAGACACUCAUAUUUCAGACCAAGCAUAAGCUGGACUUCACACCCCUGGGCAUCGACACCAGGGGCAAGGUUGUCUUGGGUUAUACAGAGAUGGAGUUAUGUAUGCGUGGGUCUGGAUAUCAGUUUAUUCAUGCAGCUGACAUGAUGUACUGUGCAGACAACCAUAUCAGAAUGAUGAAAACAGGUGAAAGUGGCCUCACGGUUUUCAGACUGUUGUCAAAGACUGGGGAAUGGAUAUGGGUGCAAGCUAAUGCCAAGCUAGUGUACAAAGGAGGAAAGCCUGACUUUAUCAUUGCAAGGCAACGGGCCCUUGCUAACGAAGAGGGUGAGGAGCACCUACGCCAGAGGAAGCUGCAGCUCCCAUUCAGUUUCACCACAGGAGAGGCUGUCCUAUACGAGACAAAUCCCUCUCCUGAUGUAACAGAUUUCCAACAUAAUGACAAAGUCCCCACCCCUGGGAAGGACCUGGCCCAGAACGCCUUGGAUCCUGAUUCACUUUUGGGUUGCAUGCUGAAACAAGACAAGUCUGUCUACCUCAAUGAAGCAGAGCCUCAGCUGUGCGCAGACAAUGUUUUCAUGGAUACUCAGGCUCUUCUCAGUGUGCCCAGUGACUCCUGGCAAGAGGAGACACCAAAAGCUGUUGAUGUGAAGGAGGAAUCCGCAGUGGUGGCCAUGAUUGAUACACUAGAGCAGAUGGCACAAAACAGGGACCUGUACACAGCUCUUCAGAAACUGGACGUGGACAGUGUGGAGCUGAAAGAAUGGGAAAACGCACUCUUAAGGUUGACCAGAGAAGCGAGCGGCAGCGAGAAAGCGCUAAGUCUGGAUGACAUUCUCACCAAUGACAUUAUCUCCUGUGUGGAGGAUAUCUUGCUCAAAGAUAGCAACAAGUGCCAUGUAGCACCGCCAAAACCAAGCAACGGCAUGAAAGACCCACUUGCGGGCCUGCCAACAGAGUUUCCUGCAAAUCAGUUAAUACCUGAUUUUGGAUUAUCUGGAGGGCAGAAUUUUGAUUGCAAAAGCCCCGCAGUGAAUGGUUUAAACCAGCAGGAACUAGGACUCGGAUCAGUUGGAACACCUGGACAAGCCGUGACUGGAGCACCCAACAUAGCACGAGGCACAGAGAGACUUUCACGUCCAGAACAUAGUUCCUCAGGGCUUAACGUGCCUUCUCUUCAGCAGCUACAGUUGAAAGACAUUUUGCCUCCAUCUCUUGAGAUACCUGACACCAGUGACCUAAAUGGUUCCUGUCAGAAUGGCAAUUUUAGCUUUGGACCUUCCAUGAUAGGAUCUUGCACACAGGCUCAAAGUCGGAACCAAGUUUCAAUGGCUACACCGUCAGCAUCCAGUUUCAUUCAGUCCAACAGUUAUGGCAUAUACCACCAGAAAAAGAUGCAGGACCAUCCCAGCUGCGGUAACCAUCUCAUCAUGCUGGAAAACGAGGAUUCCCAACAAUCAGAGUCCACCGCAGGCAUCCUGCUAUUUUCAGUGGAGCCAGAAUCAACCAGUUGA